UGAAAACAUUAGGCUGUGCAAAAUGUUUACAGUAAAGUUCAUCCGUCUGUUUAGUUUGCUUAAUUUCAUAUCAAAUAUUUCCAUUCUCUAGCACAAGACGCAACUUUAAAGAUAGCUGUUUUCUUACCACUGUUAAAUAUGCUGUAUUGCAUAUUAUGUUCUUAAAGCAUAUUUAUAUUCUCAAUUAAAGUUCACAGUUUAAACUUUUCCAUGAUUUAAAGUUAAUGUUAUUUUAAAAGACUGUUGGUUUUGCUGUUUUGACCCAAAGGGUGAAAUGUUAUGUUGUGUGUUUAUAAUACAUUUCAAUGCGAAAAAGUUGACUUACUUUACAUUUGGAUCAUUUUCAUAUUAUGGCAUAUGAGUAACAAUUUAUCAUGCAGAAAAUAAUUUCAUUAGCUUUCACACAUUCAGCGCAGGUAUAGGACAAAAUCUCUCAUGAAUUAGCAUUGUUUCCCCAUUCCAGCAGCUUCUUUUGAACAAUUUGACUGUUCAGGGACAUUCAGAGAUGUUGCAUGCCAUUGUAUUUUUAAAUCUUUGUGACAUUGUACAUUGGGACUCUUUGUCUGAAUACAGUACAAUGAGGGUUUUGGAUGGAUGCCUGUGGUCAGCCCAUUUCCCGCAGCUCUCACAUUGAGGUCCCUUCCCAGUUGACAAACAGCCCUUUUUCAAAUGUAGCAAUGAAAUUGUAUGUUUUGCGCAUUUUGUCAAAUUUGUAUCAAAAAAAGACAAAUUAACCAAAGAUUAAAAAAUGGGGGACUGGUCAAUUCUGGGCCGCUUUCUAACAGAGGUUCAGAAUCAUUCGACGGUCAUCGGUAAGAUCUGGCUGACGGUGCUCCUGAUCUUUCGCAUACUGCUGGUGACCCUGGUGGGAGACGCUGUGUACAGUGACGAGCAGUCCAAGUUCACCUGCAAUACACUGCAGCCGGGCUGCAACAAUGUCUGCUAUGACACUUUCGCCCCCGUCUCACACUUGCGCUUUUGGGUCUUCCAGAUUGUGCUGGUCUCAACGCCCUCCAUCUUCUACAUCAUCUAUGUGCUGCACAAAGUCACCAAAGAUGAGAAGAUGGAGACGGAGAGGGUGCAGGCAGAGGUCACGCACCCUGGGCGUCUGGAAGGGGAGGGUGUCAAACUGCCAUAUGGACCCCAGGGGGAAGAAUGGGGUGGUCAGGAUGAGGAAAGCGUGGAGCAAAGUCUACUGCAGGAUGAUUUCGGUGAGGUUAGCAAGGAUCCAACCACACUCUCCAGUCAGGUUCUCCUUAUCUAUAUUGUUCACGUCCUGAUCCGCUCCGUCCUGGAGAUCACGUUUCUUGUCGGUCAGUACUACCUGUUUGGAUUUGAGGUGCCUCAUUUGUUCCGCUGUGAAACAUACCCUUGCCCGACACGGACUGAUUGUUUUGUGUCUCGAGCCACCGAAAAGACCAUCUUCCUUAAUUUUAUGUUUAGCAUCAGCCUGGGUUGUUUCCUCUUGAACAUUGUGGAGCUUCACUACCUCGGCUGGAUCUACAUUUUCCGCAUGUUGUGUGCCGCCUGCUUCCUGUGCUUCAGGUCAGAGAGGGAGCUGUACCCUCAACGCAACCCUUUGUUGCUACGCCUCAGACACUCAAUGCGGAGCAGGCUGGUCCUGCAAUCGCCAACAACCACCCUGUCUCAGGAGAAGACGGGGACGACUUUGCUUUCACGCGGCCCGGCCAUCUCGUUCGAGACCGACUCUACACUUGAGUGCACCUCAAAGAGAAGCCCAGAGGAGAGGGAACGCACGAGGCUGAAAUUGGCCAACAUGGCUAGAUUUACUGGCAAAAAGUCCUGGUUAUAAUGUGUACUGAUGGUUUUUAAUUUCUCUUCUUACAUAAGCUCGUUGUACACUUCAGUUGGAGGCCCGUUUCAUCUCUUUUGGUGGCCAUAUUAACAAGUUACAGCUUUUAUAAUGCAUGGGGUGGUGCUGCGUCCCAGAAGAAGCAAUGAAAGUAGACUUUAUAGGUGCAUUACAUGCUAAAAUCAGCACUAAACAGAUAGAAAGUGCUUAAAGGAUUAGUUCACUUCUGAAUGAAAAUUUCCCGA